AUGCAGAGAGCUGCAGGGCUCCCCGGGAUCUGGCGCACCUCGUGUUCACGACUUGGCACUGGGGAGCGGGUGGGGCCGGCGAGACCACGCCUCCCCGACGUGCCCGACGGGACACGCCCCGCGGGUUCCCGCCCGCCUCCCGCGGGCAAGUUUGGAGACAGGGUCCCAGGACACAGCGGCCCCGCCCCGCCGCGUGCGGAGACUCCGCCCCGCAGCCGGGGUUGGGGCCGAAGAGGCGACUUGGGUGCCCUGCGCCGCGGGUUGGGACCGCGGGGUCCGGGAGGAGGGGAUGCGGCAGGUCCGCCUCGGAAAGGCUUCGUUACAUCCAGCCCAGGCCUCCUUCUGGAGCUCCGGACCCCAGUAUUCAGCUACCGCCUGCGCCGGGCGGCUCGCAUCAUCAGCAUGCCCACACCCGCUCUUCCUUCUGACCUCUUCAUCCCCGUGGAUGGUCCCGUUGGCCACCCUGUCACUCCUGGGGGGAAUCCCGGAGGUCCUGCUUGCUUCCUCCUCCCUUGCCCCUUCCCCUCCUCCCCUUCCCGCCUCCCGCCUUUAUCCAGUGCGUUACCGGCUUUGGUGCGCUGACCUCCUAAAUUCACAUUCAUCAGAUUUUCUCCACCUGCCUUGCUGCCGCCUUGGUCCAGACCACCAUUAACCUCCUGCUCCUUACUUUCCCUGCCGCGGAGGACGGCGUUCAAGGCAAAAGGUUCAACCUCAUCACUCCUGCCCCCAGACUCUCUGGUUCCUUGUUGCCCCCACGUCAAAUUCAAACCCCUUUUCAGAGUGAAAACUCCUGCUUUUCUUCUCUCUGCCUCACCUUCCCUUCUUUUCCCUCGUGUUCUAGGCAAUGCCUAACCCCUUGG